AUGGCCCCGAUCAUGAACUGCAAUUGCACCCCUACCAGUCUCAUCGUUGAACGACGCAUCUUUCUGACUCCUCCCGUCAUCCAAUGUCGCUACGAGUCAGAGACGCCUUUGCUGGACGCCAUGGAGGGCAAGCAGCACGCCCAAACCUGUUCGUUACCGAGCUUCGUCACCGCACAAAGCUCCGCAGUACAAUGCGAUAUCGCAGCAAGCAAUAGCAAAGCAGCCGGCGGCGAGACCAAGGACUUCUGCUUGCCCGUGUUCGAACAUCCGGAUAAGAAGCGCGCACUGCUGCCAAAGAAUGCGACAUUGGCUGGGGUGCAACGACGAGCUUGA